AUGGCAACGACGAAAAAGUUACAACAUCGUAAUCUUCCAUCAUUACCUUCGGAAACAAUUGAUGAUAUAUUUAAACAUAUACAUGAUCAAUCCACUUUGCAUACAUGUUUAUUCGUUAAUAGGGCUUGGUGUAGGAAAAUCGUAGCAAUUUUAUGGGCUAGACCUAGACCCCUUGUCUAUAAGGAACGUUCAUCAAAAAGUCUGAUAGAAACUUAUGUAUCAUGUUUUGAUGACGAAGAGAAAGCGAUAUUAUUUUCAGAAGAAUCAUCCAACAAGGAAUAUUUAGAAUUAAAGAGUCCAUUUUUUGAAUAUUCCGCUUUCUUGAAGGAAUUAAAUUACCCUUUACUUCGUAUGGCGGUUAGGAGAUGUUAUAGAAAUUUAGGUAGUAAAGAAUUUAGUAGAAAAAUCAAACCAAAUAAACCUGAUUUAAAUCCAAAUCGUCAGGUUACGAUAAUGAAGGCACUUUGUAAAUUAUUUGUCAGGACGUCUCAUUUGGAUUCCUUGGUGUUGGACUCUUAUGAUGAUCUUCCAAGUGUGGGAUUAUUCACAAAAGGUCAACCUUACUUCACCAAUUUAAACAAAUUAAUCAUUCAUUGGACAAAUACCGCUACAAAUAUAUCGGGUCUCGUUAAAAGGUUGCCUCAAAUCUGUACCGGGAUACGUCAUUUGGUGGUUGAGUUUGGCAUCGAUGAUGAACUUGAAGCUGAAAAUUUAGCUUCCAUAAUCAGGGCUCAACAAAGUAUAACUACCUUUGAACUUACCGGGACUCGUAAUCGUGUAUUGUCAAUCUUAACCGCAAUAGAAGAAACUCAAACCGAAUCUCUAACUUCUGUGAAAUUCUCAAGGGUGGAUUAUCAAUGGAAAUCUUUAGAUAUUCUCGGAAAAUGUUCAAAGUUGAGAUCACUUGAUAUGAUAUCGGACGGUCCAACUUCGGAGGGUUAUAUCUCUGAUGAACCAACAACAGUUGCUAAAGGGUCUUCUUUUAAUCUUCGUUCGCUGAAAUUAUCGAAACAAUCCCCAAAAUUAUCCGCUCAAGUAAUUAGAAUGGGUGGGAUUUCUUUAAAGAAAUUAUGGUUAAAUACUAUAUCUCCCGAGAUAGUCAGUUCGAUAUUAAGAUCGGGAACUCGUGUCACUCACCUUUAUUUAGAUAUAUCGGAAACGCCUCAAUUAGAUUUCUCGCAACACUUGAAAGUGAUUGGAGGGUUACGGUUAAAUUAUCUACAACUUUCUUCUAUAACACCAAAUGAUAUCAAUAACCUUUUAACGGCCAUGACAACGACCGUACCAAGCACGUUACGUCAUUUGGAUCUAGAACAAGAAUUUUCCUUACGUUUUGUGGGGUCAUUCUUGAAAGAUUGCAAAGCUCCUUUGGAAGAAUUAACUUUAUUUCCUAAUAUGGCUAUUGAUACUAGUUAUCUUACAGAAAUCAUAGGUUACGCUAAGGGUAAAUCAUCUUUGAAAUUUUUACAUCUUAAUUUAUCAUGGGAGUCCGGUUUGGUAAAUGGAAGAUUUACAAGGGCGAUGACAAAAGAGUUACAAAAGAAUAUUUUCACCGUUGAUUUAGGAAAAUUAAGGGGCGAAGAAGUACAAUGA